AUGGAGGGAGACAUUGAGGUACAAAACAGCCUCAACAAUCAAAAUUUGGCCUUCAGUGUUCCCAGCCUGCCUCCCCAACUCCUUCCUGCAAGUGGAGACCCCGAUUCUGCUUCUUCUUGGCACAGUGCUCCCUCGUUAAACCCCAAGAAAAGGAUCAUUUCACAGCUGGCUGAGGCUGAGGCGGCAGUUGCGGAGUCAUCGGCCCCACUUUUAUCUGGAAUUGCAAACAAGGUUGAGGAGAAGGAAGAGAAGGGUGAUGAUAAUAGCGCACUUCUUGAGGCACCCGUGGCCGAAACGCCAACCACUGCUGCUGAUCCUGCUCGAUCUCCUCCAAAAACCACGAAUGGUGCUCACGCGUGGAUUCCUAUGACUGCUCCUGCUGAAGCUACGCCUUCUGGCCCGCAUCCAACGCCCACAUCACAGUUGCCUCCCAAGAAGGCUACUGUGAAACGACAGGUAGAGGAAUUGCGGAAGCAGGAGAUUGGAAAAGUUCGCAUGUCGUUGUCCGAGUACAGGCGACGUCGCGGUCUCAGUGUAACUGAGGUGAAAGAGCCUCCCAGCGCCUCCCAGGCACCGCCUGCCUCAGAAGUAAAGUCGACUACUCCUACACUCUCCAACGCACCACCAGUCGUGCUGGAUAACCUACCGCCUGAUUUU